CCGCACCGGGAGUGUGGAACGAUGAGCCGCAACCGACGCAGCACCAGCAGCACGUCCGGCGAUUCCGGCAAGGAUCCACAGCUGACCUUCGACCAGCGGCUGCAGGCGAACGCGCGCGAACGCUACCGAACACACAGUGUCAACUCCGCGUUCAACAAUUUGCGCCUGCUGAUACCGACGGAACCGCCCGACCGGAAGCUGUCCAAGAUCGAGACGCUCCGGCUGGCGAAGAGCUACAUCUCGCACCUGAUCGCCGUGCUCGUGACCGGCAACAGCCAGCGGCCCUGUGCCAGCACCAACCAGCGCCACCAGCCGACGGUGGGCGAGCCGGAUGGUACGGACGCGCAACCACCGCCCACCUACUAUCGCCAAUCAAUCUGCACGUUUUGCGUGACGCUCGACAAGUACUGAAGAAAGCGUCGUUUCGUUUCGUUGGCUGCAAAAAAGUGUUUGUUCGGUUAUUCGACUAGUGCACAACAAGUGUUUUUUUUUCUUUCCUAACUUUAUUACUAGUUACUUAGCUUUAAGCCAAAACCAAAACGGACGCACACAUGCACACACAUUGCAAUAGUAUUGUAAUGGUUAUAUACGUAAAAUCCUACCCCACGACGUGCCAAGUCAUUUAAUGUUUAAUCGUGACCAAAGUGUAAUUGUCAGUAUUGUGUGCCUGGGGCGCGGUUCACGCGCGUUUUGCUGUGUGAAAUAAAAUCUACAGCUCUUAGCGCAAUAGUUUUAAAGUACACAGAAGAACAAAACUGCCUCUCUGUCCUUCCCGUUUUCGUUUCAGUGUAGCGUAGACAUUUGCUGGGGUAAACUUAAAAUAUAACAAAUUAAAAAAUAAUAGUUCAGCAUGCCGCAGAAAGAA